UGCUUCAGUGUAUUGUUCGGAGUAAACAUAAGCGUCCUCUCUGUCAAACAGUCGCUGGGUUUGAUUAAAAGAUCAUUCUCAUCAGCAGCUGUUGGCGGUUCUGAUCGGAUCCAUUGGCAGGAUUCCAGCAUAGUGGACCCUAUGUGUGUGUGUGUGUAUGUGUCGAGUGCAUUCCUCGUUCACGUUCAUAGUGCUGGUGUGUCUUCUGAAGCGCGAGCGACUCCUUAAGGUGCCAGACCGCAUCAUCAUAUAGUGUGCCUGCAGAUCUGCGCUCAGCCUCACGAGCGCUUCCAGUCCUCGGUGACGUCACCGCGGGGCUGAGGCUCGUCGCGAGAGGCGACUUAACAAUUGACACUUUGAGCACGGCGUGAUUGGAAUAAGUCAAAAUGUAAGCUGAUGUGCUCAUCCACACUCGUUUGUUAAUUGCUGUCGAGUUCGUUAAAUACAUAUUCACUGGAUUCUUUUGUGAGAUCACGAAACGCUAGCGCCAUGAGCGGGGUUCUCAAAAGGAAGUAUGAGGAGGUGGAGGAGGACCCGUGUUACUCUUCCUCCUCCCCUUCCUCUCUCUCCUCCUCUGCCUACUCGGAGUGGGACUCGGGUGGGGAGAGCUGCUACUCUGACACCCUGGAUUCAACCCCCAGCAACCCCAGCUCCCCAGCAACAUCCUUAAACACCACAUCUAUCCUGAAGAAGGCCAAGCGCACACGGCGAGGCAACGUGCAGUUUGACCAGGUUACGGUCUUCUUUUUUCCUCGCUGUCAGGGCUUCACCAGCGUGCCAAGCCGGGGAGGUUGCACCCUUGGCAUGGUGCAGAGGCACAGCGCCCAGCGCUGCUACACGUUAGCGGAGUUUGCAAUAGCACAGCGCCACCUACGGCGAGAAAAAAUCAUAAACCGAUUGAGGGAGGAGAAACUGGAAGCUCUGAAGCUGAAGUUUACCAAAAAUGGUACCCAAGAGUCUGAAGAGGCUGACAGGUUGACUAUCGAUGACAUCCCAGAGGAUGAAAUCGAUCUCAGCGGAGUAAACUUGGAUGACGGCUCUUUCCUGCAUCCCUACCCCUCUAAGAGAAGAUACGCCAUCCUCAAAGCCGCUGGCGUGAAGAAAAUCGAUAAAGAUGAGAAGCAUCAACUGCAUGAGUUGCGUGCAUCGAGAGAAGACUGCGGAUGCGACUGCCAGGGCUUCUGUGAGCCGGAGAGCUGCAGCUGUAGUUUGGCUGGGAUCAAAUGUCAGAUGGACCAUUCAUCCUUCCCAUGUGGCUGCACUAAAGAUGGCUGUGGGAACACAGAAGGCCGCAUCGAGUUCAACUCCAGCCGAGUUCAGACACACUACAUCCACACUAUCAUGAAGCUAGAGCUAGAGAAGCGUUUGGAGGAGCACACGCCAGAGAAUGAGACGCCCUCUGAAGAUCAGCCAGACUGCAGUUCCCCAAGCCACCCAGCAGAGAGCAGCACCACGCCAGACAGACCCACGUUUCACUUCAACUCGGAGCUAGUAGCUGCGGGAGAGAACAGCUGUAGCAGCGACAUGACCGAUUCGUCUAGUUCUUCAGGCCAGAGCGAGGAUUUAGAAUCCACGGCAACUGCUCAGAGCGAGCAGUCGCCGCUAGACGUCGACGAAAACGGACUUACGAGAAUCCUAAGCUUUAGCGACACAGACAAUGAGGACUGUUCUGUCAGGGAGCGCAACAACAACAACAACAACAACUGCGACUACCAGCUGAAAAAGAGCGAGUUAAUGGGCUACGGCAUCUUUAGCACGACAGACAACAGCCGCACGGCCAUGUCUGAGCUCUUAGACGAGAACGCUAAUCAAGGUAACGCCCUAUUCCACAGCACCUCCGUCCCCCACACGCCCUCGCCCUCCAUCGAUCACUCGGCCAGCUACAUGGACCUGAGCCUGUCAUCCGAAUCAGACCUGGAGUUCUUUGACAGCUUUCCUUGUCUUGGACCAAGCUCGUUGUACAACUCCUUAAAGGAGUACGAACACAUGGACACCUUCUUUCAGUUCCAGUUGCCUACUUACCCCAGCCUUCCGCAGGCCGCCGACCCAGGCACGUGUCUCCUGGAGUCUCUGAUCGGCUUGUCGGAUUCUGUCCCAGAACCUCCGGCCACCUUCACGGACAAUCAAAUGCUAGAAGAUGCCAUGAAGCUGUCAGUGAUGGAGUCUGUAAAAGUCUAAUGGGGGCUCCUGUAGGAUCACUGUACAAAUGAACUAGGGGAUUGUAAAUGAAUGCUAUACGUUUUGUUUUUCUUUACUUUAUGAAUGGAGACCCUCCAUCCCAGGAUAUCAAUACUUGCAUUCUCUGCCUUUAAGAUGUUUGCAGAGCAUUAAGUUAUUAUAACAAUCUUUAUUAUCAUUAUUGCCAUUGCUGUGGCAGCUAACAUUUCAGUUCAAAAACAAGUCUGGCCGACUGAUUUUUGAAUAUUUGUACAUAUGGCCAGGAAGGUGAAGAACGUCUCACCCACAUUUGGAGGUAUUAUCAACAUUUACCAUUAUUAUUAUUGCUAUUAUAAGGUUAUUUAUAUAAAUUCAGAAGGUGCACCAGUGGGAGUCAUAAUGCUGAUUAUGUAUCUCAGGGACUUUUUCUAGCUUUCAGAAGCAAUGCAUUUUGACCAUCGCUGUUAUUUGGCGUUUUUUUCCGAGAAUUUUCACCAAAACAAACAGCAUUUAAACGACCCCUUUUGGAGGGGUCUCUUUUUGGACUUGAGAUGGUGGUCUGUACUUUUUUUUGCAAAGCUAGAGGAAGACUCCUGUUCCACAAAACGGCUCCUUGGGAUUUUCUAACGGUACACAAAUCCCCCAGAGGCUCCUCAGUUAGCACUUUAUCUGUGAUCAAAAUGAACCAAUCAGAGCGCAGAUGGGUCAGUGUCACGUCGACCCCCGUCGCCUCUGAAUCUAAGAUAGUUUUCUUGCCAUUUUAUGGUGUUGGAUCAUCAGCCCAAGGUGGAGAAAAGUGAACGUUUUCCUUUUAAUUUAUUCUACACGCCGCAGAUAUCUCAUAAUGUAACUGUGAUAUCUGUCGACCAUUAUUUCGAAUUGCUUUUAUUUAUUCUUACCAAGUUAUUUAUUUUUCUCCGAAUGCCAGCUGAAUAUUAUCUGAGCCACACUGUGCUCGGGAGAAGUGGAAAUAAUGCAGCUUGUUCACGUUUCUCACCUACAUUAACCUGUGUGAAGCACAUCUGUAUGUUUCAGCUGUGGAGGAAGGGGCACCAACUGCAAAGUAUUUAAUAAUCUAUUCUAUUACUAUGAAGUAACACUUUUGGUUAAGUUAUUUCACGUUUAGCAUUUCAGCAUUAGAACUUAAUUUAUUCAUGGUUUGGGCAAUAAAGAGAAAGGUGUGUUUAACAAAAGAAAAGAUGAGUCUUUGUGCCUGUUAACACGAGGAGCCGCUGUUUAAUGAAUGAGAUGAUGCUGUAUAACCUACCUAUUGAUUAAAAAUCAGAUUCCAAUGACAUUGCCUAUGAUAUAGAGAAUUAACAUUUUGUACUGUGUAGAUUUGAGAGAAUUCUAAUCUGUUUAUUGACAAAUUAUUUUAUUAAGAAAUGAAAUCCACAUUGUUCUUCAAAUAUUGAAACAUUUGUAAUAUAUUAAUAGAGCUAAAUCUAUGCUUGAAAAAUGUAUCCUGGCCAGGCAUAAAGUGGGGGUUUACUUCCGAUGUAACUACCUAAACAAAUUUACCAAGCUCAAUUUGAUUGUACUCUUACUAGUUGGGUGAACACAACUGACAAUGUGAAUUGUGGGUAUAAAUUUAGUAGUUUCAAAAACGUUUUGUUGAUCAAACCGGCAUAUAUUAUGCAACGUGUAUCAUAUUAUGCAAAUUUGUUUUGCCCAUAUAGUUUCCACUUCACAGUGAAGACAUUUAAGUUUGUAUAUUUCUGAAUGAGUUUUGAGGAAAUGAAUUGAUGUACAUAUCUGACCAUCCAGACUGUCGGCGCAGAACUAUUUGACCCGAUUGGAGCAUUUGCAUGCAAGACCCAUUCAUUUGUCUCAGUACUACAUGCGUUUAGAGCAAAAACUGCACAAUCAGAAAUGUAUUUGCUUUAUUUUUGCCUUCACGUGCUGUUCUUGAAGCUAAUAGCUUCAUUAAUUUAAGUCCAGCUUAUUAUUCCCUUGUAAAGAUGUAUCACCUCAUCGCGAUGAAAUUGAAAUGAUUGGUAUUUAUUAGUCACGAUUGAUGUAUGUUUUGAGCUCUGAUGCUUUUCAAAGUGUUUCUUCUGCCUUUGUUGUAUAUAUUUUCUGCUUCAAUGAAACUGAAGACAAAACCAAGCAGUUAUUUUAUAUUAUAUAUUUUCACGCUUAACAGUUUAAAGCUGUUCAUUUAAUUCAAGUCAUUUGACAGUAGUUUGUCCCUUCAAAAUAAAAGUCAAGCUUUUUCUUAUA